AAGCACCUCCGCAAAAUCGUCAAGUUCUGUUUAAUAGCGUUCACGCAAGAAAAGCAAGUUACAAGGGUUCUUUAAAAGGAAAGAGCGUAAUAGGUUAUCUCGCUAUUUUCUGAAACUGCGAGACAGCACUCAAAAAUGGCUUCACGAAGUCGUGCGACUUUACAGCAAGGUCUCGACAAGGAAGUGUAUCAAAUCGUCACAAAGUUCAUAGAGGAACGAAAUGAAUCGCCACUCAAGAUAAAAUCUUACACUCUAUACGACUGGAUCAAGGGUUCGAACAGCAGUCUAAAAAGGAGACCCAAGAAACAAUUAGAGGAUUCUAUCGACCGCGUACUGGCCGUCCUGCAAGAGGACGAAUCCGGAGAAGAUGAAUUGGUCGAAAUGGAGGGCUUCGUCGAAGAGGUCGCAAAGAAGGAGAAGAAAAGCCACUCGACAGAUUUGAUGAAUCGGUCCAUUGUCAACUCCUGGGCCGUGUCAUCGGGGACCGCCACCCCAACCGGAGAGAAGAGCAAGAAACGCGACGGAUCUAAGGUCAAUGGCGAAAGGGAUGCUAAGAAACCGAGAAAAGAGAAGGACGGCCAGAAGAUCAAUACAUCACCGCCAACGCAUCUUAGCCUGGAGGAUGUAGGUGGUGUCGAUGAUGUCAAAGCCCAAUUAAAGGAUCACCUCGUCAUGCCAUUGCUCCGACCUGAAGAUUACGUGCGAAGGGGCAUUCCAAUUCCCAGGGGUAUCCUACUUCACGGCCCCCCAGGUUGCGGCAAGACUGUGAUUUGCAGAGCGUUUGCCGCAAAACUCGGGGUUCCUUUCAUUGAAAUUCUCGGCCCUUCCGUUGUUUCUGGCAUGUCGGGAGAGUCGGAAAAGCAGAUUCGGGAGCAUUUCGAAAGGGCAAAGGAGGUCGCCCCGUGUCUCAUCUUCAUCGACGAAAUCGACGUGAUUGCACCCAAGCGAGACACGGCGCAAAGCCAGAUGGAGAAGCGAAUCGUCGCACAGCUCCUGAUAUCUAUGGAUGGCCUGGCGAUGGAGUCUAACGAUGGCAAGCCAGUCAUUGUACUAGCCGCUACAAACCGACCGGACAGUAUCGAUCCGGCUCUCCGACGAGGAGGUCGCUUCGAUACUGAGAUCAACAUGGGUGUUCCUAACGAGGGAAUGAGAGAGCUGAUUCUCAAGGCGUUGACUCGAGGGCCAAAGUUGGACAACGAUGUGGAAUUCAAAGCACUGGCAAAGAUGACUGCAGGUUUCGUCGGAGCAGAUCUUCGCGAUCUUGUGAGCAAAGCAGGGACAUGGUCGAUGAAUCAGUAUAUCAAGGCAUUGGAGAGGCAAGCCGCAGAAACUGUUACGGAGAUGGACAUCGACGAUACACCUGCUGUUACUGUAGGCUCUGAGAUGGACCGCUCAAUUGACAGACUUGUCCAACGUGCGCGUGAUCAAGAGAUGCCGGUGCCUGAAGGAUACGAGGACGAGACGAUUAGGAUGGAAGCUUUCACGGCUGUUCUACCAAGCAUCAUUCCUUCCUCCAAGCGAGAAGGCUUUGCGACAAUUCCAGACACCACAUGGCGGGAUGUUGGUGCAUUGGAGAAUGUUCGUGAGGAACUACAAAUGGCUAUCGUGGAGCCGAUCAAGAACCCUCAACGCUACAAGAAGGUCGGCAUCUCCGCGCCAACAGGUGUGCUUCUAUGGGGCCCACCAGGUUGCGGAAAGACUCUAUUGGCAAAGGCCGUCGCCGCGGAGUCCAAAGCGAACUUUAUUAGCGUGAAAGGACCAGAGCUGCUCAACAAGUAUGUCGGAGAGUCCGAACGUGCCGUUCGACAAGUCUUCACUCGAGCACGCAGCUCCGUUCCUUGCGUUAUCUUCUUCGAUGAACUUGAUGCUCUGGUACCACACCGUAACAGUGAACAGUCGGAAGCCUCCGCCCGUGUUGUCAACACGCUGCUCACCGAACUCGACGGCCUUUCUACCCGAGAAGGAAUUUACCUUAUUGCAGCUACCAAUCGACCCGAAAUGAUUGACCGUGCCAUGCUUCGUCCAGGACGACUAGAAACCCUACUUUACGUGGAAUUGCCAAAACCAGAAGAGAGAGUGUCUAUCCUUCGAGCGCUUAUCCACAAGACCCCCGGCAUGAGCCUCGAACUUGCGGAAGUCGCCCGCAGAGACGACUGCAAGGACUUCAGUGGUGCAGAUCUAAGCGCCUUACUACGGAGAGCAGCACAGCACUGUCUCCGGGCUGGCAGAGACAUGGUGGAGGCGAUUGAUCUUGAGGUUGCGGCAAAGCAUAUCAAGCCCAGUGUCGGCGAUAUCAAAAAUUACGAGCGAUUAAGGAAGGAAUUCGAGACAAAAUUGUGGUAG